UUCAGUUAUUACCAAACCCACACUCUCUGAAGUCUACUAGUAGUACUAGUACCCUGCCAGUUCUCAACAAAAGAAAAAGGAAAGGAGGAAAGAAGAAGACCCACUGUGUUCCCUAGCAGCAGCCGCAGCCGCAGCCGCCGUGCGGCGACACCGCCGACGCGGUCGAUCCCCCCGCCUCUCUCCGCCAUCGCCAUUCUUGGUUCUUCCUCGCCGGGCUAUCUUGUUCCUGCUGUCUCUCUCCGCCACCGUCGGCAGUUCUGUUGGCCAUUGGGUUUUUGAGCUCCGCCCCCUGCCUCCAGGAUAGUUUGAAAAGCGUCUUUGGUUUGUGGGAGCUGCAGAGUCCAGCAGCAGCGGGAUGGAUCAGUACGAGGUAUUGGAGCAGAUUGGAAAAGGGGCAUUUGGCUCUGCGCUGCUGGUCAGGCACAAGGUGGAGAAGAAGAAGUAUGUGCUGAAGAAGAUACGGCUUGCUCGGCAAACCGACCGCACUCGCAGGUCUGCCCACCAGGAGAUGCAGCUUAUUGCGACAGUGAGAAAUCCGUUUAUCGUGGAGUACAAAGAUUCAUGGGUGGAGAAGGGUUGCUAUGUCUGCAUCGUCAUAGGUUAUUGUCAAGGAGGAGACAUGGCUGAAGCUAUUAAAAGAGCUAAUGGUGCCUAUUUCUCUGAGGAGAAGCUUUGCAAGUGGCUUGUGCAACUCCUUAUGGCUCUUGACUACUUGCAUGCAAAUCACAUUCUUCACCGAGAUGUGAAGUGCUCCAAUAUUUUUAUUGCCAGAGACCAAACCAUAAGACUUGGUGACUUUGGGCUUGCAAAAAUAUUGACUUCUGAUGAUCUGGCGUCUUCCGUGGUAGGAACACCAAGUUAUAUGUGCCCAGAGCUUCUUGCUGAUAUACCAUAUGGUAGCAAGUCUGACAUUUGGUCUCUAGGAUGUUGUAUAUAUGAAAUGACUGCUCUCAGGCCUGCAUUUAAAGCUUUUGACAUGCAAGCUCUUAUUAACAAGAUCACAAAGUCAAUAGUAUCACCAUUGCCCACCAAAUAUUCUGGUCCAUUUAGGGGACUUAUUAAGAGCAUGCUACGGAAAAGUCCAGAGCACAGACCAAGCGCUGCAGAACUGCUCAAACAUCCACAACUUCAGCCUUAUGUGUUUCAAGUCCAAUUGAAAUCUAGUCCUACUCGCAAUAUACUUCCUAUCAAUGAAUGUCUGACUGACAAAGUUAAGAAGAUGACAUUUCCUGAUGAUUUAGCUGAUUCCGUGCGCAGAAGAAUGGUCAGGAGAAACUCUUUGGGAACUCACAGGAUUGUAACAUUUAGCAAACCAUCUCCUGAGCGGAAUUCUGUUAGCUCUACUAGGAGCAUCAAAGAAUGUACAACUACUCAGAGUGUCAAAGAGUUCUCCAUUGACAGCAGUCAAGUUGAGGACGAGGUUACCAGUAAAGCCAUCAUAACUAAGACAGCAAGCAUCCUAAGGACUCCUAAGAGUAUUCCAGCCAAGACAUUCACAAGUAGGAAUCGGUUUGAAACUCCAAAAACAUCUUAUACCAGUACAAACCGCGUUGAGCUACCCUCAGUAACACCUCUAAACAAAAGUGCUCGACUGGCUCGAAGAGCAUCCCUCCCACUGUCGACAUAUGAAACACCAACCAAGCGCAACAUCAGCAUUCUGGACCAGCUAGACUCCCCUGAUGUCUCCGUGAAUGCACCUCGAAUUGACAGGAUCGCAGAAUUCCCGUUGGCCUCAUCUGAGGACCCCCUGCUCCCGAUCCACAAGCUCUCCUCGGUUCACGGAUCAUGCUCCACACCUCCCUCCAUCAACCGGUCAAUCACCAAGGACAAAUGCACAAUCCAGGUGCUCCGCACGGACGGGGACAACGUGAGUGACUCCUCAGGCCGCAACGCCACAGCUGCCUCGAGCCGAGGGUCCAACGACUCCAGGCUGCAGCGGUUCGACACCUCGUCCUUCCAGCAGCGAGCCGAGGCGCUAGAAGGGUUGCUGGAGUUCAGCGCGCAGCUGCUGCAGCAGGAGAGGUACGACGAGCUGGGGAUCCUGCUGAAGCCCUUUGGCCCCGAGAAAGCGUCCCCCCGGGAAACCGCCAUCUGGCUCACAAAGAGCUUCAAGGAGACGGCGUCGUAGCAGCGCCAUAUCUCUGUAAUCACCAACCUUUUCGCUAUGCGCAAUAGGUAGUCGAAAAACCGAACCAUCUUUUAAUUAGGUCUGAAGUUUAGCUGCUGGGAACUGAGGCAAACACCAUCCCAGUGUUGCCAACCCUGACUCAUGGUUUACCUGUUAGCUAGCCAGUAAACCCUAGCUCAGUAGCAGUAGUAUUAGACUACUAGUACUAGUAGUAGAAACAUUUGCUGUGGAUCUGGCAAGAUCUUAAAACCCUUGUAACCAUGUUGCAUCUGCAAUUAAUCAAUCAUGUUGCAAGGCAGGGCUGGAGGAGAUCCAUCCAGUUGGCAGCAGCAA